CGUACAAUUUGUGUUGUUGCACGCGUCGUUAGUGAGUUCUAUCCAAGUGUUAUGGAUAAACGUAUAUCGUAAAUUUAAUUAAUAUAAUCAUAUUAUCAAUAGUAGGUACCUACUUCAUUAAAGUAAAGUCUAGUUUUUUGAAACAAAAAUAAAAUGUGAAAGUGUUGCUACUCUUACAAUCCAUUGACCGAGAACUUGAAAACAAAAUUGUGUUUUGUUAUUAUACGGUGAUUUAUAAAGGCUGAGGAAUCAAGACCUCCAGCUCACAAGCUCAAAAUGACACCCUGGAUCCGUCCGACACCACCUCAAAAAUUCCCAUGACCCCAAGAUCCAUCCAUGAAUAGAUCUCGCUAACAUGCCAAUAAUAAAUGUGACGAUGCAUCUGAAGCUCUUUUGUACGUUCGUGUGCGUUGGCCUCGCACAUUCGCUACGUGUUGGUGUGGGUAUUGCUGACGUCACGGGCCCACCUGCAGAAAUUGGUUUUAUGGGUUACGCGAACUUCGAGCAGAUCGGGCAUGGAAUACAUUUACGUCAGUUCUCGCGAGCGUUUGUGCUCGAAGAUGAAGAGGAGCAUCGUUUCGUGUUCGUCUCCGUGGAUGCAGCUAUGAUGGGACAUGGUGUACGACGAGAGGUGUUAAAACGCCUGCAAAAGCGUUACGGUGACGUGUACAGUGAAAAGAAUGUGAUCAUAAGCGGGACUCACACUCACUCCACUCCAGGUGGCUUCCUUCUGGAUUUCCUCUUCGAUUUGUCUAUCCUUGGCUUCGUGAAAGAGACAUACGCCGCCUAUAUAACUGGUAUACUUAAGAGUAUAAUAAUAGCACACAAUAGAUUGACACCAGCUAGAAUGGAAUACGGUGAGACAGAACUGCUGGAAGCCAACAUCAAUCGCUCACCUUCAUCAUACCUUCGAAAUCCACCUGAAGAAAGGGCAAAGUACGAAUACGACGUGGACAAAACGUUAGCUCAGAUCCGCUUCCUCACACCGAGUAAUGACAUCCUGGGGGUGAUUAACUGGUUCGCAGUUCACCCCACCAGCAUGAAUAACACCAACAAGCUGAUAUCAUCAGAUAAUGUGGGAUAUGCGUCGAUUCUUAUGGAGAAAGCUCUAAACGGCAAUGAAACUUUGCCAGGCAAGGGUCGUAUAGUAUGUGCGUUCGCCUCGACCAAUCUGGGCGACGUCUCCCCAAACACCCGAGGUCCCAAGUGUGAAUUUUCUGGUCUUCCGUGCGAUCAGGAGAAGUUGUUGUGUAAAGGGCACAAAGAGAGAUGCUUCGCUUCCGGGCCAGGGAGAGAUAUGUUCGAGAGCACCAAGAUCAUCGCCACGAAACUCUUUGACACGGCUAUGAGAGUUUUACGUCAACUCGGCGAAGACUUAACUGGAUCGAUAGGUGUGGUCCAUCAAUUCGUGGAUAUGCCCAAGCAAGCCGUAUCUCCCUAUGAUCCUAUUACGCAGACUUUUAAUGCGAGUGAAAAGGUAUCUGGUUGCAUACCCUCUAUGGGGUAUAGUUUCGCUGCUGGGACCACAGAUGGCCCCGGUGCUUUCGAUUUCAAACAAGGGACGACUUCCUCUAACCCCCUUUGGAACGCCGUACGGGAUUUCCUCGCUGAGCCUACUCAAGAAGACAUUGACUGUCACGCGCCUAAACCAAUAUUGUUGGCCACUGGGAGGAUGAAAUUCCCAUACGAAUGGCAACCUCGCGUUGUAUCGUGUACAGUGGCCCGAGUUGGGGGCUUGGUACUCGCAGCCGUGCCUGGUGAAUUCACUACGAUGUCUGGUCGGCGCUUGCGCAGCGUGGUCCAAAAGGCGUCAAACGCUAAACGGGUCGUUUUGGCUGGAUUAUCGAAUAUCUAUUCGGAUUAUGUUGCUACACCUGAAGAGUAUCAGGCUCAGAGGUAUGAAGCUGCGUCGACAAUCUUCGGCCCUCACACCCUCGACAUUUACCUCAACAAGUAUGUUGAACUCACCGAUGCACUGGUUAAGGGUACACCAGUAGACAACGGCCCAGAGCCUCCAGAUUUCAGCGAACACUUGAUCACCCUCGUCCCACCGGUGCUGUGGGAUGCCGCCCCUUGGGGUCACGAGUUCGGAGAUUGUGUAGAACAGCCCCAGCAUUCUUAUAGCUGGAUGGAUACCGUUACUGCUAAAUUUGUAUCAGGUCACCCGCGUAACAGCAUUCGUCACGGGCGCUGGUACUCCACGGUCGAGAGACUGGAGUCGGAACAGGAUGACGCCUGGAGUGUUGUGGCCACCGAUGCCGAUUGGGAGACCAAAUUCACUUGGAUCCGUAACUCAAAGAUCCUGGGGACCAGCCACGCUCAGAUAGACUGGGAGAUCCCCGAGAGGACCCCACGGGGUACAUACCGCCUCCACCACUACGGGAGCUAUAAAUACAUAUUGGGAGGCAUUUAUCCCUAUCACGGGUUUUCGAACAGCUUUGAAGUAACAUAAUUUAUAGAAAUAACAUUAUUUUUAUAUAGGAGAAGAAUAUUAUGGCUAUUGUAAUAGACUUUUGCAUACAAAAAUAUCGCGUGAUAGAAUUUUGUGUCUUAGAGAUCAAUGUUUUUGUCAUCUGCUGGGCUACUCUAUAUCUGAUGCCAUUACUGCUGAAGUCCAAUUAUUACAUAUUUUAUAAAUAACUAGCGGAUCCAACCGAAGUCCUGCAUGAAUGUAUUAACCGACUGCAGUCGACUGAUUUGUGAAUCUAAACCAUCCAGGACGGCCCAGCCGUUUAAGAGGAGUUCAGUGACAUACACACUUACAGAAUAUAUUAUAUAAAGAUAAAUAUUUUGAUGUAUUUCUUUUCAAUAUUACUUUUUAUAGGAUUGUGCCAAAAUCUUAAUUUAUAUAUAAUAUAUGUAUAAUACUAAAGUAAUAAUGUUUGCUCAAAAUAGUCCAAGCAGGAGUUUCCACGAUUUUUAUAUAUAUACGUGAUAUAAAUAUAACUCUAGUCUAAAUGUAAUUUAAAUCCAACAUUUUUAUACCGCAGGUCGGUUAAGGAUAGAGGGACAAAGAAUACUAAAACAUAUUAAAUGUCGUGUUUUUCUAGAGUUGAGAGUCGAGACUUAGCCGUAAGUAGCUAGAUUUUGACAUACGGAAGUCAGGACCGUAGAGGUCUGACGGCUUCAGGCAACAAAGGAGUGGAGGCCCCCAAAUUAUUUUCCAAAUAUAAUGAACAAAUUUUAAGUCGAGUUUGUCAAUCAAUAAUGUAUUUUGUAACUGAUUACUAGUGGUUGUCCUACUAUCAGGUCCUGACGGAAGUCAUAACUCAUACUUAGCGCAGUCAAGAUCUUACCCAUAAUGUAUCGAUACCAAAUUAGUUGUAAAAUGGUUCGGAAUAAAACGCGAUUAUUUAUUACCUUUAUAUAUAUAUGCACUAUGUAUAUAUUGUCUUUGAUACUAAAACCAUAAUACUCUUGUCUCUUUCUAACAAAUUGUUAAUACACUGUGAUGAAAAGAGACGGUCUACUCAAAUAUGUUAAAAUUAAAAACCUAAAUUGAACUCUCUCUUUAAACUAUAAUAGUUUUGUCUCUUUCUGCCAAACAGCGUUUACAUUGUGAUGAAAGGAGACAGUUGAACACUAGAGUUAAAGAAAAAGAGUUGAAUUCUUUUUAUGACUAAGGGGGUUAUAUGUGUAUAGAAUAUAUUUUUGUCACCUUAGUAAUGGAGGACUCGGACGCCUAAUCAAUUGAUUUAAUACAUAUAAUUUAGACGUUCGAUAAGAGAAGAAAUUGUGCUCACACCGUGCCAUUUAAGGGCAUUUUUUAAAUUAAGAAUUUCACUUGCCUUUUGUGUUAUAUAAUGUUAUUAAUACCAGAAAUGUAUAAAAUAAAGAAUAAUA